UCGUACAUGUAUGCUUAUCGCUUCGUUUUAUGGUAAAUCCUCUCUUUCUGAUUGAAAGGAUUUUUAUCUAACUUCAUUUUUAACACUAAAAACUUAUUUAAGUGUCCCGACUUUAAAUUAGUUACAACAUAAGUGGCACUCUCUCAAACUUUAAGGAAUCAUGGCUGCCUCUAUGCAGUUCCUGUCAACGCCUGCCAAAUUACCGAAAGAAUGGCAGCCCAAAUUACAUGAAUGGAAAAUAUACCAUUCAAGUCAUCCAGAUGUUCGACAGGCUGGAUGGAGAAAAUGGGGUCGUGAACACCCGGACUGGUACGCCAACAGAUCGACUUCUACACACACUGACUGGUACAACAGAGAGCGCGACACAAUCAGACGAAGUGACUACAAAUGCAUCAACUGGCACUAUGAACGACCAUCUAAACCAACAAGCCGAGUCCACGAUGACUUCAUACCGCGCGAAAAUGACGUCAUGAUGAAGGAUGUACAAAGGUCAAUGCCUCACAACAAGCAUUACCUGGGUCAGUUUAGUUACCCCAAACCCUACCCCAUGGAGGUACCUCCCCCAAAAUGGGGACUUUAUAAUCCUCCAAAUUAUGAGGAACCAACAAGGUUCAACCAUUUUCCUCCUAUAAAAUACAACGGCUAUUAGGACCAUGAUAAGUGUAGAUUUGGAGGCGAUAUUAUACAAUAUAUAUCACUGCAUAGAUAUUAAUGAAUAUGAGAAGAAAUCAUAAUGAGUUAUUUGCAUUUUACAACUAUUUCUGUAGUUUUUGUGGUUAUGGCGGUGCUUUCUUAAUUUAUUUGUAAAUAGAAAUAAAAACAGAACUGUAGCGCUUAUUCGUGUAGAAUCACUAUAUAUGUAAGUUUUACCGGGCAAUUAAUGGUUCCAGUUUUGUAACAAAGCAGACAGUGCUUUAUCAGUGUUAUUUUGUUUGUUAUUUUGAUAUGUCACGUACCUUAAGUACUGUCUCAUUUAGUUGUUAUGUUUUUGUUGAAUUCAUAUGUUGUUAAUGAACAAAUACAAUGUACAGAUUUCAGCUAUAUAUCUAUAUAACCGUCCCUUUAUUCUCUUUAUCAGCAUUUCAUCUUUGUAUUUUCUUUGCCUUUAUGGUUCUGUAUCAAUUUUAUGAUAUAUCAAUUAUUA